AGGUUUUUCACACACUACCCCUACUGCUAUGGGUACUGGAAGAAGUACGCGGACCUGGAGAAGCGCCACGACAACGUCAAGCAGUCAGACGAGGUACGUAGGGCCCAGGGCCAGCGCUGCCACCAGUCCCAAAGCCAACAAUGACUGUCCCACUGCGAGUCAUUGGGCUGCCAGUGCCUGCCCUGCACGGCCAGGGCUCGAGGGACGUGUUUGCACGUGUCCCAGCUGUGGCAUUUGGAGCUAAUGUUCUCUCUCUUUGUUGGCAGGUGCGUUAAACCUCUACAGUUUGUCAAGCUUUGCAGUGCAAGCCUCUGUAUUACACUGCAGCUUAACAAGUAGGGCAGGGCUUUUCUGUCACUUCCAUUUAUUACUCAUUUUCAAAACAAUAUAGUUGGUUUGCUGGUCACAAUUGCUCCAUCUUAUUGCAUUUUUGGUCAGACGCUGUCAAUGAUGCUCUAAUGGGUCUGUGCCCUAUGGUCUGUACCCCAAAGCCUGCCCACACAACCUGGUCAGAAUGCAGGGACCGCUGCGCUUUGAAGAUCAAGACUCUGCACGUGGAGAUCAGAACAUUGCCAUGUUCUAUCCAACCUCCACCCGAAUGGUCUAUCGCCGAGGGCUUCAGGCAAUUCCUCUUAGUGUUGAUCUUUGGAUACAUUAUAUAAACUUCCUAAAGGAGACCUUGGACCCUGCUGAUCCUGAAACUAACAGUACCAUCCGGGGAGCCUAUGAACACGCAGUGCUGGCUGCUGGGACAGAUUUCCGUUCUGACAGACUCUGGGAAAUGUAUAUAAACUGGGAAAAUGACCAGGGAAACCUAAGGGAAGUUACAUCCAUCUAUGACCGCAUCCUGGGAAUCCCAACGCAGCUCUACAGCCAUCAUUUCCAGAGGUUUAAAGAGCACAUCCAGAACAACCUGCCCCGAGACUUCCUGACCACUGAGCAGUUUGUGCAGCUGCGCCGGGAGCUGGCGGCCGCCAGCGGCCACAGCGGCGAGGACGGGGACGAGCUGCCCUGCGGCACCGAGGACAUCACCGACCCCGCCAAGCUAAUCACUGAGAUAGAGAACAUGAGGCACAGAAUCAUUGAGAUCCAUCAGGAGAUAUUUAACCACAACGAGCAUGAAGUCAGUAAGAGGUGGACGUUUGAGGAAGCGAUCAAGAGGCCUUACUUUCAUGUAAAACCUCUGGAGAAAAUUCAGCUGAAAAACUGGAAAGAGUACUUAGAGUUUGAGAUAGAGAAUGGCACUCACGAGCGAGUCGUGGUCCUCUUUGAGAGAUGUGUCAUUUCAUGUGCCCUCUAUGAGGACUUCUGGAUCAAGUAUGCCAAAUACAUGGAGAACCACAGCAUCGAGGGCGUGAGGCACGUGUACAGCAGGGCCUGCACCAUCCACCUGCCCAAGAAGCCCAUGGUGCACAUGCUGUGGGCAGCCUUCGAGGAGCAGCAGGGCAACAUUGAUGAAGCCAGAAGGAUCCUGAAGACGUUUGAGGAGUGCAUCCUGGGGCUGGCCAUGAUCCGCCUGCGCAGGGUGAGCCUGGAGCGCCGGCACGGCAACAUGGAGGAGGCGGAGCAGCUGCUGGAAGAUGCUGUCAGGAAUGCCAAGUCCAUCAGUGAAGCCUCCUUCUAUGCCAUCAAACUCGCCCGGCACCUCUUCAAAGUGCAGAAAAACCUGCCAAAGGCAAGAAAAGUGCUGUCAGAAGCCAUAGAACUGGACAAAGAAAACACCAAACUGUACCUGAACCUGCUGGAGAUGGAGUACAGUGGUGACCUCAAGCAGAACGAGGAGAACAUCCUGAGCUGCUUUGACAAGGCUGUCCAUGGGGCCUUGUCCAUCAAAAUGAGGAUCACAUUCUCCCAGAGAAAAGUGGAAUUCCUGGAAGAUUUUGGGUCUGAUGUGAACAAGCUCCUGGAUGCCUACGACGAGCACCAGGCACUGCUGAAGGAGCAGGAGACGCUGAAGCGGCGGGCGGAGAACGGCUCGGAGGAGCCGGACGAGAAGAAGCUGCUGACGGAGGACCCGAGCCUGGCGUCGGCGCAGCUCAUGGACGGGGACAUGCAGGUCAACCAGGCCGCCUACAACUACAACGCCUGGUACCAGUACAACUACCAGAACGCCUGGAAUUACGGACAGUAUUACCACACAACUUGAUCCCCGGAGGGAGUGGAGUUCACUGUGCUGCAGUUUCAACAAAGAUGGAAUAAAAAAAUAUAUUUUUCUAAUUUUGGGCUGUGAAAGAACUGUUGUGCCACCUGCUUUUGGUCCUCUGCAUGUGAACCGAGCUGCUGCUCACAGGGUAUGUGUGAAGCAAGAUUUGUGUGCUGGUAACUGAUAAAUGGUCUCUGUACAAUUCUCAUUUACCAUAAAUGAUUUUUUUUAAUUCCCUGCACUAAUUUAUGGAGUAUCAGAAGAAUUCUCAUCGGUCUCAUGAUUCCAUAAUUGAGUGGGUGAAGCUGUGGGGCUUUGGGUUGGUUUUGCCCCAGAGCUGCUCUGCUGCCCGGCCCUGGCCCCGGGGCUGAAGCCAAGGCUUGUCCUGCUCCCAGCCCGACUGGAGGGGGCUGUGUUGGGAUUGGGGGCCUUGGCAGAGCUGCCAUACGGGUUCUGUAGUGUGGGAGGGGCAGGGAUUAAAACCACCUUUGUUCUUUUUUAAAAGCACAAACUGUGUUUGGGAUGAGUUUUGUAUUUAGAGUUUUUCAUGUACACGGUGUGAGCAAAACUUUUUUCAUUUUGAUCAAAGUGAUCAUUCCCAUUUUUGUAAUAAAAGCGAGGAAUUCAGUA